AUGUUCAUGGUUUACGAAAUUGAAGCGUCGGAGAUAUGCGGAGAACGCGUCUUCCAGUUUGAGGACGCGUUGUGUCAACCGGCGCGAUUGUACUUCCAUCAUCCCAAUCAUCAAUACACUGCCCGCUUUCACUUUAUUCGUUGUUACUCUGAGUUGCAGGACAGAUUGUUCUUGUUCGGAAAGCUACUCGAGGUGCCAUUCUGCAGCGUCUUCUUGACAUCGAACUCACUACAUUCCAUCACCGCACCCACAAUCACCACCACUCCUGCUCACGACUACUGCCCCAUUGACCCGUCCAUCUACCAAGAGGACACCAUCCGCAUCAUAGCAUUGUCUGCCACGGCACAUAAUCGUAGAACUGCACCAUCUACCGCACCACACCCAAUCCACCCAUUCACCACGCCCACCACCAACACCCCUACCCGCCACCAGCCACCCACCAUGCCCGACUCGUCCACAACAACAGAAAGCGCUCUGAAAUCCGCCCUCUGGCUACACACCGCGCACCUAGUUGACAGCCUCACCCUCGACAUGGGGAUCAACGCCACUCCACAGUUCAAAGCCAGCCUCAUGGAACUCACGUACGCCCAGAUCGUGUCCGCAGGAGGUGACAUUGAGGCGUUCGCAAAGCACGCGGGUAGGAAGGUCGUUAAGGUGGAGGAUGUGGUCAUGUUGGGAAGGCGGAAUGAGGGACUCAAGGAGGUUUUGGAGGGGGAAGUGAGGGAGCUUAGGGCGACGAAGUGA